AUGCCACUACCACCACAAACACCAAUUAUCAUUGGCGUCGGCGAUGUGAUAAAUCGUUCCCUGCAGGUUGAAGAUGCGAUUGAGCCGUUAGGACUUAUGUUGCAAUCUCUCGAGAAAUCAUUUUCAGAUACCGGUAUUUCCCAUGAUCGGGAGAAAUUGGGAAUAUUGAAAGGAAGUGUGGAUGAUGUGAGAGUGGUAAGGAAUUGGACAUGGCCGUAUGUGGAUGUGUGUCAGAGUGUGUUGGAUGGGAUUCUGGGUGGGGGAAAGGGAGGGAGUGAUAAUUUGGGAAAGGAGGUGUAUAAAGAGGAAUCGGAACACGGGGGGAAUUCGCCGGUGAAGAUGUUGGAUGAAGCGUGUCAGAGAGUGGGGAGGGGAGAAUCGAAGGUAGCGGUUGUGGUUGGGGGAGAGGCGUUGGGAAGUUUGAUUGCAUCCGCAUCAAAGACCGGUACAUACCCCUCGCACUGGACACCGCCAGCCGGCGACCCAAGAAAGAUUUUGGCUUUACCGAAAGGAGUUGAGACACUAGGAACAAUCCAUCAAAUCGGGCUCCCAAUACACAUCUACCCGCUGUACGAAAAUGCAUUUCGAGCCCAUCGUCACCAAUCCCAAGUAGAUAACAAUGCUGAAUCUGCAAAAUUAUAUGCCCAAUUUGCUGCUGUGGCAGCUGGGAAUGAAUGUGCUUGGAAUAGGGAAUCUGCAGGAAAGUUAAGCGAGGAGAGCAUUGGAAAGGUAGGGAAGGGGAAUAGGAUGAUUUGUUGGCCAUAUCCCCUUCUAAUGAAUGCAUUCAACAACGUCAAUAUGGCCGCAAGUUGCAUCAUUACUUCUGUUUCUUUGGCGACCGAGCUGGGGAUUCCAGAAGAUAGAUGGAUAUAUCCAUUAGGUGGUGCUGGGAUGCGUGAGGAGGAUAAUUUCUGGGAAAGACCAAACUUCCAUUCUAGUGAAGCUUUAGAAACAUCACUCGAUUCGGCAUUGGAUGUUUCGGGAUUAGAGACGAAGGAUGUAGAUAUUUUUGAUUUUUAUUCGUGGGUACAGCUUAAUAGCGUCGGCGGGGGAACAUGUUUGGUUAAAUCGAGCAUAGAACAUUCAACUGACGAAAAUUAUAGGUGCUUUCCCAUAGUCCCGAAAUUGGCAGCUCAUCACUUGAAGAUUCCUUUUUUGGAUCCUCCAAGACCAAUUACUUUGUUGGGAGGAUUGACCUCUUUUGGUGGUGCUGGGAAUAAUUAUAGUCUACAUGCCGUCACUGAAAUGACGCGGCAACUCCGUAGCAAAAGAGGUCAAGUCUUUAAUCACAAGAAUUCUAGAGUUUUAAACGGUCUCAUUUUAGCAAAUGGAGGAGUAUUGACAUAUCAGCAUGUCGUAUGUCUAUCCACACAACCAAGAAGCGACGGAAAGGGAUAUCAGGAUGGAAAUGCUUGCCCAAAUCUUGUACAGAGUGCUACUAGUCAUGAUGACAAUGGCUUCGAGAUUGUUGGUCCGGAAGGAGCCAAGAAAGGACUAUGGGAAGGCAUAAUUGAGACAUAUACAGUACAAUUUUCAAGGAAGAAUGAGCCUCAAACUGGAUUUGUAGUCGGGAGAUUGAAGCAGACAGGAAAGAGAUUUUUAGCAAAUGUUGCAGAUGACAAAACAUUGGGUAAGUUGGUUAAGGAAAGCGAAAAGGAGAUAAUUGGGAAGAGGGGCUGGGUAUGGAAGGAAGAGGGCGGAAAGAGAAAUUUGUUUGGGUUUGAGCGAGGAACUAAUCUGUGA